GUGUUCCAGCUGUUUUUGUGGCAGUGUGGGGAAUUGUCAGGGCCAUGCUUGCAGAUGCAAGGUGCUGGGAAUUAAGUGCCGGCAACAUUAAGUGGAUCUACCAGUUUCCCAUCUUGACGGCGGUUGGGUUGUUGUUUUUAGUUUAUAUUUCCAUUGUAAGAGCAAUGAUGACAAAAACAAUGAAAAAUUCUUCAGUAAAAUACAAAAGACGACAACAAUAUUUGUGUAUGUGUCUCCACAGAAAACUGGCAAAGUCCACGCUUGUGCUUGUGCUGGUGUUUGGGAUCCAUUACAUCAUCUUUGUUGGGAUGCCUCACACAUUUGAGGGACCAAGCUGGGAGAUCCGCAUGUACUGUGAGCUGUUCUUUAACUCAUUUCAGGGCUUCUUUGUGUCCAUUAUCUAUUGUUACUGCAAUGGAGAGGUCCAGACAGAGAUAAAGAAAACGUGGACACGCUGGAACCUGGCCUUUGAGUGGGAGGGCCCAGUGGUGUGCGGCCGAUACCGUUACGGCUCUGUGGUUGUCGGUCUUAACAACAACAGCACCAGCAGUCAGUCCCACCUGGCAGGUGGUGGGCUGUCUACACGCUCCACCACGCUUGUGUCCAACCGUGCUUCUCAGAGCACAGGUCCCCCCGUGGUCAGCAUGCAUGCCACGCUCCCAGGGUACGUAAUCAGUAACUCUGAUCCAUCCAUACCUGAAGAACCCGAGGACAGUGGGCCCAAGCAGGUGGACGAUAUCUCACUAAAGGAAAAUCUGCCGGUUCUAAACACGAGCGCAGCAGCUGAGGAUGAGGAAGAAACACUGUAA